CAUCUAUGUUUAAUUAUGUAUAUCAAGGUCAGUUGCCCACUUGUACUCUUAAAAAAUGCAAAGUCUAGAGAUGCUUCACCGAAAGCAAUAUUUUCCUUUCACAGAGUGUUACGGCACGCGAGCUCGGGGGUCAAAGUCGAGGGCAUCGUGGCACAGAGCUGCAGCCACAGGCACACAGGAGGUGUGUGCAGCGUCCAAGGGACAUGCCAAGCAGCGUGGCGGAGCGCGAGCACGAUCAUGGGCACCAGCGGAAGCGCAAGCAGAAGCAUGGACGCGGGCAUGCUGGAUGAGGGUGUCGGUGUCCCGACACGGGGUUGCGAUUAUGACACUUACUUAUACGACACCAGAGUGAGUGAGCUGCUAGGUGAGUGAGUGCAUAGAGGGGCUGUGUACUCAUGCUCUUGUACACUUCCUUGCGAUCUUAAUAAAUUCUCUUCUUCUCC